CGCAGCAAGCUGUAAAAUUCGAGACUUCCUAUCCACACUAAAUAAUCCUUCGGAAAUGGUGGUGGUAAUUAUAUCUACAAAUCAUUAGCCAUAGUAUAGUGGGUGCAGCAUCCUCGUAUCUUUUAUAUAAUCUCCUUGUAACACCCAGCACGACCUUCCGGUUCAAUCCUACCAUCUCUUCGAUCUUAAGCAGAAUCAUUACGACGCCAGGCCCAUGAACCAUGGCAUCUUUAGCUAACCCAGCACACUCUCUAGGUCGUCAAGGCCUGGGGUAUCCCCAAAGACCUCCAAGCCCAUUUUCACCUUCACCCCGACUCCCCGCCAUGUCCCGUUCGGAACGUCCAACUAAUCCCCCUAGGGUCGCCCAACUGACUAACCUAGUCUGCUUGACAAAGCCUCCUAAUCCUGCCCGGCAUGUGGAAUCCAAAGCAGUAGAUAUAAUUGCCGUACAUGGGCUUGGAGGAAGUGGCGACACAUGGAAGACACGAGAUGGAGUUAUGUGGUUGCGGGAUCUUAUCCCUAAAGAUCUCAAGUCCGUUAGAAUACUUACGUUCAAUUAUGACGUUUUGGAACUCUUCGGGGGCUCGACGGAGAACUUCAAAUGUAUUGUGAAGCGACUGCUAGAUGGGAUUGUUGCCGUUCGCAGCCAAGCCCCCCCUACUAGGCCGCUCGUGCUCAUUGGUCAUGAUGUUGGCGGUCUACUUAUCGAGGCUAGCAUGAAUCAGAUUUGGGGUACCCAAACGGAUUAUUCCGGUUUGAAGGAUUGCGUCAAGGCAAUCGUCUUCCUUGGAACACCCCAACGCGAAUCUCCAGAGGAAUCCUGGUUGAAGAUAUUCGAGCAGCUCGUGCGAAGCAGGAUAACCUCUGGGAUAAGGGUCACCAAGGAUUGGGAACGACAACUGUCUACCUGGAUAAGCAGAAAUGGCGAAGAGCUGCGGAAAAUUCCGAUCGAAUUCAAGAAGUGUGCAUCGGGCAGAAGAAUCUUUUCGUGCUUUGAGCAAUUACCGACGCCCACUCAAUCGAUAUUGUGUGUGAACGAGUUCCAAGCAACUCUUGCUAUCCGCGGAGAGAAGACUAAGGAGAUGAUGGGCUGUGACCAUCAUUCCAUCGCAACAUUCUCCAACAGAGAGGAUGAGAACUACGUGUUUAUUAUCAGUACUAUAAAGAAGGCGAGACUACCUUCGAAACCGAAGCCUCAGCGAACCCAGCCGGCACAAUCCGAAAACUCUGACACAUCAAGACUCAGGCAAAACAUUCAAAUUCUCCAAGCCCAGCAGGCCAAUAACAAGGGUUCAGUCCCACCGCAGCCAAACAGAAGAGUCGAAGGCAUGAUCAAAGUUGCGCCUGUGAUAUCGAGACCGAUGCCUACCAGAAAUCAUCCGGAAUCAAUGCGCCCGGGGACGAUUACGAAGCCAAAUAUACCGACUAGCAAUACAGUCGCGACGCUGCCAGGCAGAUCGUUGGUUCAAAGGGGCCCAAGUCCGUUAGCCCAAGGACUGCCUCCGAUGCAACCCUUGAAACCCCUUAUGUCUAGUGGGGCAAUGUCGUACGAGUCUAGACCACCACCUAUUCCACGGCAACAGAACUCUAUCCCUAGCGGAAUGAACAUCCCAAGCGUGCUACAAGUAGGAGCCAGGCCUUCAAGUAGUCAGUCUAUUCGCUCAACAACAAUGCCCAUAGUCGGGACUAUAGGACCCACCAGACCUACUCCUCCAAGUACUAUGUCUGCCCGACAAGAAAAUGCCCUUCGUAACGACAUUAAAAUAACACUCAACAUGUCGGACCCGCGGAAGAUAUACCAACCCACUAACGGUGCCCCUCCACAAGGUAUCCAGCAAGCUCGUCAGCCCCCAAAUAAUAUUAACAGAACGACAAGCAUGGGUACAGUACCACAGCCACGCCAGGAGCCGCCGAAGGCUUUCAGCCCCUUUCGUCCCGAAAUGCCAAAGGAUCCUUCCAGUCAACCUCUAUCAUCGAAUCUUUCAGCAAAACGUGCAGAGUCCAAUCAAGGCUCAAGCCAAAGAAAUAUUGGACCUAUCGGAGUCACGACUUCAAGACCUAUUAAUCCUGUUGCCACGAAGCAGAACUCUGUAACCCGCAAACCCUUGCCUUCGCCCGCCCCCCCGCAGCCAACUCCUCGUCAACAAGCACCCAGGAAUGGAACAGGACCAAUGCCCCAAUCCCUCCAACCAGGGACAGGCACAAAGGGAGGGCCUAGUGCACUCCAAAGACGACUAGUUCCGGGAGCGCCAGGAAACGUUCUUCAAGGACUUGUGGGGUUUCCCCCCAAUUCACUGACGGCCAUGGAGUCCCGACCUCCGCAGAGGGCGCCAGCAGGUUUUGCUCCGACGAACCCUCAGAUGCGAAAGCCCGUGAGGCCACCGCCGCAGCAGUCCAAGCCCCAGCCACAGAGCUUUGCAGGUAUGCCGUCACAAGGAAAAUCUCCUAUGCAAGGCUCUAUCCGUGCACUGCCUCCACCGGCAAGGCCUCAAUUUCAGCAUCCCGUGAGUGCACCUCGACAGCCUGAGUCCCAGAAACCUCAUUCGACACUUGGUUUUCUUGGUAAGGCUUUCUCGUCACUCCGUGGGAAGGACCAGCCCAGUCCGGGGCAGCGAAGUAUUCCUCAAGCUCCAAGGGACCAGCAAUUCAAGGCUUGGACUCCCCCAUCAAACCAACCGCCCAAUCCUCGGGGGAUGAAUGGAACGGUCCAGCAUCCUUCUCCGCCGUACGUGCAGUCUAGGCGCGAUUUCGGUAGCAGUAGUACCUACCGUCCUCAAGGAGGACCCAAUCAUCAGGGUCAAGGUCUUAGUGCCUCUUAUUACCAGCAGAGCCAGUCGUGGAACGCCAAUGGCCAGGGACAGGCUUCAUCUUACCAUGGAAAUGAAGGGGGGCAGUUUGUGAAUGUUCAAGUAAACCCAGGCCAGGCACCACCAAGUCAGACACCGCCAUUUCAACUAUCACAAGAUCAACCACCAUCAAACCAGGCACCGCCAAACCAGCCACAGCCAGGUUUCGAUGGAACUCAACCCCAAUACGGAGAGCCAUAUCCCGGCUACGAGCAAAAGCAAGUGCCAAACACCCACUUUGACCCGGCCCCUUAUGGUGCGCCAGCGAAUAACAAUGAUCAAAGCCACAGCUCGGGUGGUUGGGGCAAAGCCGCAGCCGAUGCGGCAGGUGGGAUUAUAGCUGGCGGGGCUAUCGCAGCUAUAGGAGUAUCUAUCCUAAACCAAAACAACAACGACAAUCAAGCCACCCAAAGUAUUGGUAACGAUUAUCUACAGAAUACGGAGAUUGAGACUCUCCCCAGCCCGAACGGUGCUGAAUACUACACCGAUAGCUCCGAGAGCAGCUGGGAAGAUAACUCUGACCAUGACUCCGACUCGGACUUCAACGAAGGCGAAGGCCUUGGAGAUGAACAAGAGGAUCGCGAGAUCUACCAGGAAGAAUAUUCGAACUUUGGAUAUGAUAACACUGAGGCGAACAACGGGGUUUGGGAACCCGAUGCUAAUAUAUUAUAUGAAAACCAGGAUGGUUGGGACACUGAUAAAGAUGCCGACGAAGAUGAGGAUGAGGAUGAAAAUUCCGACGAGGAUGUCGAUGACGAAGCUGAGGGAAAUAUCAACGGAGAUUACACAUACGAUGAAGAUAUUGACUACAACUAUCAGGGAGAAUACGAAGCGUAUAAUUCUAGCGACGUAGACGGACAUGAAGAGGAAGGGGAAGCAGUAGACGACGAUGACGAUGAUAACAGUGAUGGAAACGAAUACGAGGGAGAAUAUGCCGAACAGGGGUAUGGAGAGGCUGAUGACGACCAAGAGGCAUAUGAAUUCUCUUACGAAAAUGAAGGAGAGUCUGAGGAAGGGGAGGAUGACGAUGGCGGUAACGACGAAGAUAACGCCGACGAAAACCAAGGGUACGAGGGAGAGUAUUAUGAGGAAGAGGUAGAAGAGGUAGAAGAAGGUGGAGAAGAAGGUGAGGCAGAGUACGAAGAAGAGUAUGUAGAGCCGGAGUAUGAGGCCCUGGAAUACGAGGAACCAGAGGAAGGAGAGUAUCAAGAAGAAUACCAGGAACAGGUUGAGUACCAAGAAGAGGGAUAUCAGGCAGCGUAUCAAGAAGAGGUGUAUCAAGAGGAGGAAUAUGAAGGGGGAUAUGAAGAAGAGGAGUAUGGAGAAAGUUACGCAGAAGAGUAUAUAGGGGAGGGAUACGAUGAAGUGUAUGAUGGGGGUGAAUAUUGGGAAGAGUAAAAAAGGGGGCUAGACGGCUAUAACCGAUUUAGACGG